GGUGGAGUCGUGGUGUGGUUGUGGUUGUGGUUGUGGUUGUUGUUGGUGUCGCCCACGGUGUAGCUGUUGUGGUUGGUGUUGUUGGUGUUGGCGGUGUUUCUGGUACUGUGUUGUAGGAACAGGAAAGGGACCAACGAAAAAGAAAGCGCCAUAAAUGCAAGGCAACUUGGACGGCAUAAGUCGCAGUUUGAGGCCAUCUUGAGCCGUCUUGAAGGAAGGAGGAGGAGAUACCCUGACGAACAUGUUAAAAACAAGAGGCAUUUAAGAAGAGCAUCUUAAUCCACACUGCUAACAAAACACUGUAUGUUUCAAGGCUUUUGUGCGUGCGUUGUCGCAAAAGCCGGAUAUUUGCGAGGUUUUCUAGCCCCUCCGUUUUCGCCCGGGCGGGCCUCCAAGCAUCCUCCUUCGUGGCCCUGCAAGUUUACCCGUGCCAAACCCCCCCACAUGGUCUACGUGUGGUCAGCGGCAGGCCCUGCAGACUUAGCCAGGGCCACCCCCAUACCGAUAUCCACGUUCUUGCUCCAAUGGCCUUUCGGCCCAAGACUUAAAGAACUCUGCAUUGGCAUUGAGAUCCACGAAGCUUUUUAGUAUUGUUCAGACUUCAUGGAGCGAAACGGGUGGCCAGCCUGGCUUGGGGGCCCCAAGGUCCCGCAAGAGGCUUGAGGGGGCAAGAAAACUGUGCCACACAACAGGCUUCGAAGCCUCAUAGAGAGACACAAUUCUGACGGCUUAAGUCCAAGCUGCCGAGGAGGGCUUGAGGGGCAAGAAAGCCAUGCCACAUGGCAGUUUCUAAGCUGCCAAGAGGGUUUGGGGGCAAGAAAACCGUCCAGGCUUCUGAGGAGGGCAUGCUCCGGCCAAACAAAGCUCCACACCGAAGGUGGCCCCAUGCGCCGCCCUGCCUUGGCAGGCGCUAGGCCCUAUUUAUUUGCUGGUUUUUUGGCGCUGUUCAUAUUUGGUCUUAUCCUGGGGUUGCUUCCCUUGAUGGGGGUCCCUAUCUCCAUCAGCACUGCCAUCUAUGAUUGUUUGGGCGUUCUGUUGUUUUCCUUUGCCAUCAUUUUUGAUACCCAGCUGAUGCUUGGCGAAUGGGGAGGACACAAGGUGGCAGUUUCCAUUGAUGAAUACGUGUUCGCCGCUUUGAAUCUCUACAUGGACAUCAUCAACAUAUUCCUUCAUGUGCUUUCUCUUUUUGGUGAGCGGCGGCGGUAGAGACCACUGCGUCAAGCAUGUACUGUGAUUUGAUGUGAUUUGAAUAUAGUUGAAUCUUGAGUUUUUGCCUGGUUUUGCCUUCUCAAAGACCCGGAUGUCACACAAUGGCGGCGGAAAGAAGACACACGCUGUCACACCGUCGGCGG